ACCAUCUAGAACUCUGCCGGUUCAACUACUCUCUCCUUAUCUCACACACCACGAAGCACCAGGGUUUAAGAUAUCUGCCCCACUUCUUCCAUCCCCAACAUUUCUUCACUCUCUCUGCACCUCCACCGAAAUCCCACCAUCUAUCUUCGAGCUCUGCCAUGGCUUCCACUUUCGUUACACUACCAAGUCCUUUGCUGUACAAACCCAGCACCUCUUCUCUGUCCAACGGCCAGAAGCUACUCCCAGGUCUGCGAAGAAAUUCUUUGAGAGUCAACGCAAUCACCCAGAAAUGGGAACCCGCCAAGGUGGUUCCGCAAGCUGACAGAGUGCUUAUUCGCCUGGAGGAACUCCCUCAGAAAUCAGCUGGAGGAGUUUUGCUGCCCAAGUCGGCUGUUAAAUUUGAACGCUAUCUUAUGGGAGAAAUUCUCUCUGUUGGUGCUGACGUUGGGGAAGUGAAGGCCGGAAAAAAGGUUCUUUUUUCAGACAUAAAUGCAUAUGAGGUGGAUUUGGGAACAGAUGGCAGGCACUGCUUCUGCAAAGAGAGUGAAUUGUUGGCUGUAGUCGAAUAGAGUUUCAGCUACGCGGGUAGGGACAAUGGUUUACAGAAUUGUUUCUUUAAACUUUUCGUUGUCAGGUUGGUUUUCCUUGUAGUGUCUCUAACUUCCAAAACUAUAUAUUCAGUUGGAAUUUGUUAACACCACACUGUUUAUGCAUUUAAUUGUUUGAAUUUUGUAUUA